CCUAUUACCAACAGAUGCAAUACAUUGAUUAUCAGUCCAUUGAUUAGCAGCCAACACGACUCCCAGCAGCAGGAAAAGCUUUCUAGAUCUCAACACCUAAACCGUUUCACGCCAUCGUAUUCUGAGGCUGUGAUCAAAUCAGGCGGGCACUGGCGCGCACACCAUGCUGCGGUCACUUGACGCCACCAACCAGCCUCUGCGGAGAUUGGCAGGAGGACCUGCUGGAGACAUGAACAGGAUGGGGGAGUCGCAGAGGAAAGCCCUUCAGGCUUGCAUCGACCGCUUACUGAAGCUCCUCGACUUUAACAUGGCUGCGGAGGACGACUUUGUCAAGGUUGUUCAGAGCUUUGAAGCAUCUAGAAGGAAAUGGCAGCAGACAGACAUGGAGCUGAGGGAGAAGCGGGAAUUGCUGCUUCGGUGUGAGAUUGAGCGAUCGGCGCUGCAGGUGAAGCUGAAACACGCCCGAAACCAGGUGGAUGUGGAGAUGAAGAGGCGCCAGAGAGUAGAGACUGAGCUACAGACUAUGGAGCGUCAGAUGCAACUGAUUGGAGAGCUCAUACAAAGCGAUGGCCAGACAGCCGCCCCCCUCAGUGACUCUGUAUUGGCGUUUUUAGGCGGACCGAAGACCACCACCCAUGGAGCUGGCAGCAGGUUGUCCAUGGUGGAUGAGACAGGCGGCUCCUUCCUGUCGGAUAUCAGUUAUGACCAGACGGAGGACGACCUGGAUAUGGAUGAGUUAGCUGGGAGACCUGUAAAAUUAAAGCCUCGGGAGAGAAGGCGCUCCUCAUUGGCUCCUCUGAUCGCUCCCUUUGUGAAAAAGUCCCGGACAAGUUUAACUACAGCCAUGGUGAAAAAUAAUAUCAAAGAAGCCGUGAUGUUGAUCUCAGACGGGGGUCCCAUCCAUGCCACCUCCGGCAUGGAGCCUGUGCCGCGCCGCCGAUCCCGGAAGAGUCGUCCUCUGUCAUCAGUGUUUGAUCAGUCUUCUGCGCUACCGCAGAUCAAUGAGGCGGAGCAGGAGCUGGAACCAGAUGUUGCUCCCCUAUCAAUGCAAGUCCCGGGACAGGCACAUGUCUUCCUCUCCAAAACCAUGAUCCUUGCUGAACAGUGCACUGUCUGCGGACACAAGACCAGAUUCGGGAAGAUGUCCUUGAAAUGCCGGAACUGUCGAAUUCUGAUACAUCCCGAAUGCAGAGACUAUUGCCCCAAGCUGUGUCCUCCAGCCUCACUGCCUAUUCAGAACACAGGCCUGAAAAAGGGACAGGGAUUACUGGCUGAUUUUGCUCCUGCCACGCCUCCCAUGGUGCCCAACCUGGUGGUCCAUUGUGUCAAUGAGAUUGAGAAAAGGGGGCUGAGUGAGAGAGGUCUAUACCGCAUCUCUGGGUGUGAUCGGCAGGUGAAAGAGGUGAAACAGAAGCUUCUGUAUGGUAAAGUCAAGUCACAUCAACUCUCGAAGGAAGACAUCCAUACUGUCUGCAGUGUUCUAAAAGAUUUCCUACGCUCCCUACUUGAGCCUCUUCUGACCUUCUCCCUCCAUGUCCAGUUCCUGGAGGCAGCUGAUAUUCUUAAUGAGAAUGAUAGUAAAACUGAGAUCUGUCAAGCUGUGCAAGAUCUACCUCCAGCCAACCGAGAUACCUUGGCCUUCCUCAUCCUCCACCUGUACAGGGUGAUGCGCAGUCCAGAGUGUCAAAUGGAUAAGAUGAACUUGGCUCGGGUCCUUGGCCCAACUAUUGUUGGGUACUCGGUGCCAGAUCCCAGCCCUUUCAUCAUCAUGCAAGAUACCCCAAGACAAGCCAAGGUAAUGUCUCUACUUCUCUCACUGCCCUCUGGAUUCUGGAAUCAGUUUCUUUCCAACAACCAGGAGAAUCAGAACUGUGACUCGGUGAGCUUGGCACAAGAGCGUCUGUUCCGUCCGUUGACAUCUCCUGAGCUUAAUUCUGGGCUGGCUCUUCCUUCAAAAUCCAGAGUCCCCUCCCCCUAUCUAACAGCGUCUGCCAGCAAAAGUGAGCUGAUGAAGAAACCAGGAAGAUUUUUCACUUCCCCAAACAACUAAAAUGGGGGCGUGGCCUCCUCAAAACAAUACCGAAUCACUGCGCACUUAUUAAUCACAUGAUUGUUUUGUGUUCUCUAUAUUGAGCCUGUUCACCGCAAUGUAUCACUGCUCUUGUAUUUGGUGUGUAGGUCCUUUUCUGUGUACUUUACUUUAUUUGUGUGUCAAUUUUGUAAAAAUUAACUCUGAUUAUUUUUGCAGUAGAA